CCGUUCCCAGGGCAGUCUAAGGUCAAGAAGCCAUGUUGGAUUUGCGCCGCCAAACGCGCCCAGACGUACGGAGAUUUCCUACCGAAUAUUCUGUCAAAACUUGUUCUUUUCUCAGCUCCUAGGGAUUGGUGAGGAGCUAUGGCGGCUGUUCAUCAACCCGAGAUCAUAACCAGAGAGAUAGAUAUCACAGCUCUGGCAGACACAGGAGCCACCACAGCCAUUGUGAUCGGCAAUGAUGACAUCCUGAUAUGUGGGGUCUGCCACAGGCAAUGGAACGAUGUCAGUGACUACUUGGCACACAGAGCAGAGCACCCUACAGCUACAGGUGUCCAUCGAUGUGAGCUUUGCAAGAAAACAUUCAGCCACAUUGCAGUCCUUCUGGACCACUACAAGAGCAAGCACAGGGUGCCUGUUAUACUAGAAGAACCUCAGCUGGUUCCAAACAAUGGAAUCGUGGUAAACCAGCCCAUUGAAAGUCAAAUGAAGGAUGAGAGAAACAACGUGGCAGAGGUGCUUCAGGAACCCACACAGGAACAGAAGGGUGAUUUCAAUUUCGUCCUGAUCACAGAGACUAUAAAAGGGUCAACAUUUGAGUAUGGUAAAAUAGCCUUCAAGUGCCUCUAUUGUGACUUUAAGGGGUUCUCCAAGUCAGCUAUCGUGCUUCACAUGCAAGACAGGCACCAGGAUGUGCUGAAUGGAGACCAGAAUGUUCAGCCUAAAGAAGUUGUCAACAGCAAAAAUGCUAAAGUCACCAGCCUGUCUGCAUAUAACCAGUCCAGCAAGGAGUCCACAAAGAGAACUAAGAAGUCCAGGAGGCGGAGAACGGGGGGUCCCAAGCCCAAUGCAGAGGGACAGUUCCCUUGUGUGAAAUGUAACAAAAUGUUUCACCGCAGUAGAUCAUUACGUAUCCACCUAGAAACACACAGGACAGAGAGGAACUUCCUGUGUGACACUUGUGGGAAAGCUUUCAAGUCUCGCACAAGACUCACCGUACACAGGAAGGUCCAUAAAGAGAAGAUCUUUAAAUGCAUCCAGUGCGACUUCACCUCCACAGUUAAUGCUGCUAUCCAUGCCCACAGGCAGGUGCACUCCCAGGGUAGUGUACUGUGUGACAUCUGUGGAAGUGCGUACACAGACAAGUCCACACUCAACAAGCACAUGCGCGUACAUUCCCGCGAUCGGCCCUACGCGUGUACCAUCCAGGGCUGCACGUGGAGGUUCAAGAGUGAAACGAUGUGUAAGGCGCACAUCCGCGGCCACACCACCCAGGGCCGCUUCAAGUGCAGCGUCUGCGGCUACGUGUUCCGACACAAGCACCACCUGCAGCGCCAUGAGACCAAGAUGCACGGCGUCCAGCUGUCCAAGAGCCGCCCCCAGCCUCGGCACGAGAAACAGACCAUCACCACGCAGGUGGUGCAGCCUGACCUGACGUUACCCCCGCUCCCCGGGCACCUGCAGCAGGUGGUGGUGGCCACGGACAGCCAGGGAAACGCCCUGACAUACGAAGCCGCUGACUUGUCUGCUCUGAACAUCUCUUACCAAACACUCAUCUCCUCACAGGACACCAGGACUAUUUUCACCACUAGUGCUCAUGACCCACAAAACUUGUAUGGCCAGUAGUUUGAGCUGUUGGCAUCACAUCAGACAGUAAUAAUUUGUUGUAAAGUGAGUGUUUUUCACUGAUAAUCUGGGAUGGAAUGCUAGUAUCUCUGAGUAUGAUACUUCAAUAUGACUCUAUGGGUAUAUAGAGUACAUAUAAUUUGUAUUAGAUGAACAAUAAACUAACUAUUCCCUGAAAUUUUUUAGCUUGACAAAAAUGAUUGGGCAUGAUAAAGAUUAUUUGAAGUUUAAGUACUAGUAAAAAAGUGUGCUAACAUUGUUAGGGUCCCUGCCUAUCAUGUUCUGAUAGAAAUGCCAUGAGUCAUUAAGAUAAUGUUCAGUUCAGAAUAAAUUCAUCGUUAGUCUUUGUACUGGGUGUGCCAGUUAAAUUUGGAAAGGCUGACAAAGAUUUUUGGUAAUUAUAGUACCAAAACUUCAGCCACAUCCAAAGAAGCAUUCUAAGUUCAAUUGUAAUUGAAAUAAAUGGCCAGAUUACUUAUGAAUAGGUUUAUGGUUUAACCAAUGAGUGUGUUAGCAAACUUAACACGGGGAAUAAACUGAUAAAUAGCCUUGA